AUGGCUUCGCCUUACCCCGCUGCUGCUGCCGAGUCUUCCACUCGCAAGAUUCGACCUGGCGUCGAGCUCAAGGACUACCGCGACGACACCGGCAAGACUUUGCCCAAGAAGGACGGCGUUCCCAAUGUCUUGAUCACUUCUGCGUUGCCCUACGUCAACAACCAGCCUCACCUGGGCAACAUCAUCGGGUCCACGUUGUCUGCCGACGUCUUCGCCCGCUACUCCCGACAACGCAACCACCGGGUUCUCUACAUCUGCGGAACGGACGAAUAUGGCACGACGACCGAGGUCAUGGCGGCAAAGGAGGGGCUGAGCCCGCAGGCGUUGUGCGACAAGUACCACAAGCUGCACGCCGACUCCUACCAGUGGUUUGAGAUCGGCUUCGACCACUUCGGGCGGACAUCGACUCCGAAGCAGACUGAGAUCUGCCAGGACAUCUUCUUGAAGCUGUACAAGAAUGGCUGGCUCGAGGAGCACGAGAACAAGCAGCUCUACUGCGAGAAGGACAAGCGCUUCCUUGCCGACCGAUACGUCGAGGGCACCUGCCCCAAGUGCAACUACGACGGCGCACGUGGCGACCAAUGCGAGAACUGCUCCGUCACCUACGAAUCUCCCCUCGAACUCGUCAAUCCCCGCUGCUCAGCCUGCGGCACCACUCCCAAUGCCCGCCUCACCGCGCACCUGCACAUCAAGCUCGCCGAGCUGCAACCGCAGAUCGAGGAGUUCGUCAAGAAGUCGAGCAGCACCGGGACGUGGUCGGCGAACGGCAAGGCAUUUACGGAUGGCUGGCUGCGUGGUGGGUUGCAGAGUCGCGGUAUGACUCGUGACUUGGAGUGGGGCGUCAAGCUGCCGAAGGAGCUGGGACCGAAGUGGGAGAACAAGGUCAUGUAUGUUUGGUUCGAUGCGCCGAUCGGCUACCCGUCAAUCACCGCCAACUACACGGACGAGUGGCAGCAGUGGUGGCGAAAGCCAGAGGACGUCACGCUCUACCAGUUCAUGGGCAAGGAUAACGUUCCCUUCCACACGGUCCUGUUCCCCGGCUACCUGCUGGGCACCAGCGACAAGUGGACGAUGCUCAACUCGAUCUCGACAACCGAAUACUUGCAGUACGAGGGGACGAAGUUCUCCAAGUCGAAGAACGUCGGCGUCUUCGGGCAGAACGCGCGCGAGACGGGCGUCCCGCCGUCGGUUUGGCGGUACUACCUCCUCAUGAACCGCCCCGAGACGAACGACUCCGAGUUCAACUGGGACGACUUCAUCACUCGCAACAACUCGGAACUGCUCAACAACUUUGGCAACUACGCGAACCGCGUCAUCAAGUUUGCCAUCGCCAAGUACGGCUCCGUCAUCCCCGACCCGAAGGACGGCGCGUUCGACUACGCUUCCGGCUCGCCCUACCCCUUCGCCGACGAGGACAAGGCGUUCGUCGACGAGAUCAACACGCUCUUGGCGACCUACGUCGACCAGCUCGACCACCAGAAGCUGCGCGGUGGCCUCAUGACCCUCAUGCACAUCUCGGCGCGCGGGAACCAGUUCAUCCAGGACAACCGCCUCGACAACACGCUCCUCGAGAACAACCCUUCCCGCGCCGCCGAGGUCGUCCUCCUCGCACUGAACCUGAUCUACGUCAUCGCCGCCCUCUCGCACCCGUACAUGCCCUCGACGUCCGACUCGAUCCUCGCGCAGCUCAACGCCGUCCCGCGUGCGAUUCCCGACUCCUUCUCGAUUGACCUCUUCCCCGGCCACAAGCUCGGCGAGGCCAAGCACCUCUUUACGCGCAUCGACCCGAAGAUGGCGGCGGUCUGGCGCGCACAGUACGGCGGCGAGGCGGCCAAGGCUGCGAUCGCGGCGGCGAGCGAGCAGAAGCUGUCGAAGAAGCAGCAGGACAAGCUGAAGAAGGCUGCGCAGAAGGCUGCUGCCGAAGCCGAAGCGGCGCGGCCCGAGACGGAGGAGGAGCGCGCGCUCGAGGAGCAGAUCAAGGCGCAGGGCGACAAGGUGAGGCGGAUCAAGCAGGGCCAGGCCGAGGAGGGCGACCGCGCUGUCGAGGACGAGGUUGUGGCGCUCAAGGCGCUCAAGGAGGAACUUGCGGCAUUGGCCAAGAGCCUCGCCGACGUCCAGCUGUAG